AUGACUUCAAAUGCAGAGCCAUGGCAGCAGAGGUCUGAAUCAAAAAGAUCUAGUCAGGCCAAGAGAUCAGGCUCUCCCAUAUGUGUGGAAAGGGCAAAAGGCAGAUCCACCCCUGCACUUGGAAAGGAAAUCUCAAGCUUUGAAGGGGGACAAAGGUCAGCGACUGUAGUAGCGCAGGCAAACACGCACAUUUUUGUGCUUCGGCCAGCGCGUUCAGACCACACGUUGGCAGCGCCAAACUGUCCAGAGAGUGCCGGUUGGGGUCAGACAGCCUCCAUCCACGCCGCGGCUGCCUUUGUCUCCCAACUCAUAGUCGUACUGUGUCCGCCACCGCAGCGCGCAGAGAGGCAGAGCGCGGCGCUCCCGGAAGCCUCUCGCGGGAAGAGCCGCGCGCUAGGAGGCGGGGCUCGCGCGACCACCGCCCCCGCUUCCACGCCCCCAAAGCUAGAAACAGCCGUGACUUACCGUGCCACUUAUUUUGGCAGGAUCCUGGCCCUCUUAUUGCCACGUUCACAUCGCAAAACGGUUCCCGCCUUCCCUCUGAAUACCCAACACAUUGAAAGUGGCUUGCUUCUUUAUGUGACCUCCUGGCAAGGAAAGGGGGAAACACGCCAGGCUUUCGGGCGGGCCCUUCGGGGUGAGGGUCGGAUUCCGCAGAACCGGCUAGCCAGGGACUCGCUCUUCCAUGAGAGCUGGAGGCUCGAGUGCCUGCGGGGCCGGGUCGCCUUAGGUGGCCGCGCGGGGUCGCCCAGGGCCAGCCCCGUGGGGCGGGCCGAGGCGCCAUGGCGGAGCUUGGGGACGAACCAGAGGUCGCGGCGGGUGUGGGGGAGGCAGAGGGCGGCGACCCACCUGGGCGACGUGGCAGCCAUUCCUUCCCCGAGACCCCUCCCCACUCGGCCACCCACCCGCCCUUCGGUGGCUGACUCCUGCAAGGCUGCUCUUCCGCGGCCGGACGGAGAGCGGCAGUGUCUUCCCACCGGGUGCGCUCGCCGCGCGUCUCCCCCCGUGGCCACUACUGCUCGCCAACCCAGCGCCGCGCGGGAGAGCGCAGUGGCGGCGGCGGGAAAGGGUGACGGACCCGCGGCGCCGCGUCGCGCACCCGACGAGGCGGCCCCGGCCUCGAUGCCCUCCGCCCGCUCCAGGAGCAGAUAUUUUAUUUGUGGGAAAGAGAUGGACCUGAGAAUUCCAGGUACUAAAAAACUAAGAAGAUAUUAUGUUGCAUAGCAGGAAGAUUGUCGAGUUUGCAGAGAUCAACUGUGGUCUUAUUUAGUAAGUUGACAGCAUCAGUACAAGACUGGAGGUCCUAUUACUGCUGGAUUGUACAAGAUAUAUAGCCCUGUUUUCUUUGAGUCAUGUCUUAACUAUCAAACGUCUUAAGUAAGAAAAGGGAAGCAUUGUAGUUUUUGGAAGUCAGA